AUGAUUUUAUUAUUUGUUAUUUUAAAUUCUAUCUUAUUAGUCCAUAGCUAGAGAUGGAUUUAAAUGCAAGAAAAAUGUUUAAAUUUGUCAUCUUGCCAACUUAAUCUUGGAUGCUAAGCUUAAGUUUAACAUUGUACUGAAGGAUGUUCUGUUUACAUACACAGAAAGGAUUAUUAUGAAUGUUUUGUUGAAUGUGCGAAUAUUGACUUUAAAGAUAAUAUAUUGUAGGAAACUUAAGAAUAUAUGGAGUGCCUAACAUAAAUAAUAAAGAAGUUACAAUUAAAAACUGAAUAAUAAACUAACUAACUUAGUGUUAUUUAAAGAAAGAAGCAAUAUGAGCAAGAUUAAUAUACCCAUACUGGAGAAACUUUUAAAAUAUUAAAUUGCUAAAAAUAUGUAGAUUAUCCUGAACUAAGAAAAAAAGUUAUUAUAAAGUAAGGUAUUAAGUAGAAAAUGAUUUUUAAAUACUUUGAAUCUAGAUGUGAUUUUUAUAUUUAAGUUUUAGAUGACAUACUCACUAACGAUUCUUCUUUUUAUUUUAAAUGGACUGAUUAUGCUCAUUAGUAAAAUUAUACUAUUUUUUAAGCUGGCAAUUAAAUAGUUAAUCACAUUCCUAAUUCUCGCAAUCUUCUUUCAGAUAAGAAUAGAUUUAUUUUAACUAUGGAAAAUUUUGAUAAAUUUAAAGAUAAUCCAUACAAAGUUAGAUCACAUUAAAUACAUUUUAAAACAUAUUUAUUUCAUAUUGAUGAAGAAGUAUAUUCUCCAUAGGAAUUAGAAUUCUUUAACACUAUAGAAGGAGGAUAUUGGCUAGCUAAAGAUCCUUAUGGUUCAUUGGGAAAAGGUAUCUAGCUUUUCAGAGGUACUUAGGAAAUUAAAGAAAAAAUAAAAUUCUAUAAAUCAAAUAAGCAGGAACUACUAAAUGAUUUGCAAAUCAAAGAAAAUAGGCCUUAUAUUUCUAUGUUUUAAGUUAUUUAGAAAUAUUUAGAAAAUCCUUUUUUAAUAGAUGGAAGAAAAUUUGAUAUCCGUUCUUAUGUGCUCAUAGCAAGUGUUGAGCCUUUUGUUGUUUUGUAUUAAAGUGGCUUUAUCAAAAAAUGCAUAAAAGAAUAUGAUUUGAAUUUUGAAGAAUUUAAUGAAGAUGAAUCAAUGAAGCAUCUAACAAAUAGAAGCUUUCAAAAAAAUCAUGAAAAUUAUAAAUAAGAAGCUGAAAAUCUUAUGAUGAGUAUAGAAUAAUACGAAACUUACCUCAAAUCCAAAGAGCAUUUUACUUAAGAUUAAAUAUAAUUUUUAUGGAAUAAAGCAAAGAAAACUGUAUCGUAUAGCCUUUUGGCUGCUAAAAAGUAAUUAGGAAAAAAGAGAGGAUAUUUUUAACUAUUAGGAAUAGAUUUAAUUUUUGAUGCUAAUUUCAAUGCCUAUAUUAUUGAAUAUAACACUUCUGCAGGGCUUUUUAUGGAAUUGAGUACUCAUCAUUUGGUUAUUCCCUAACUUUUACAAACUACUCUUGAUUUAAUCUUAGAUUCUCAUCGUUAAAACGUGGACUUGAACAAAUAUUGGAAAAAUCCAAAUUAGAGUGAUCUUGGAAAGUGGGAAAUACUUUACAAUGAAGCUUCUGGUUUUGAUUUUUUGUUGGACUUUGAAAAAGUAGAAGAACAAUUAGAUAGCUAAUUAUUUAAACAAAGAAGAUAUCAAUAAUAAUAAACUGAUUUGUGA